AUGACUGGGUGUUUUUGUGUUGAUGUGUUGCUAUCCCAUAUUAACGGAAAAAAGCAAUUUACAGACUUCACCAGCGAAGAAUUAAACAUGAUACCUUUGGAUUACUUGAUUAAAAAUGCCAACACUUUUGAAUUACUGGAGAUAUGGAGCAAAUUACCACCUGACUACAAAUCUGAUUUUUCCCUACAAAUAAGACUACCCUGUUUUUUUCACUACAAUCGCGCAGAUUGGAGAACCCACAUCGAUGGCCCAGUUUCCUCACAACAAGAAUGUUAUUUUUGUAAUAAAGUUCUAAAAUAA